GAGUUAUUUCAGUCGAGAGCGAGACUUCACGAUGAUGGCAGCAGGGGAUGUCCUGGCUGAAGUGGAAAUUCAGCCAGAAAUGCAGGAAGUGGAAAUUGAGACGGUGCCGGUGGAAAUCCCUCUCGAGACCGUCGAGGGAGAGUUGGACGGACAGCCGAUGAUUUCGCUGCAGACGCUCCCUGAGGCCGGCCGCGAGGAAAUCAUCCUGCAGACGCAGGAGGAGAUCGUCGGCGGCGACCCUCUCUCGGCCUACGACCAAAUACCUGUGCCCAACGCCGGCGACAUUUACAUCCAGUCGAGCCCCGGGCCGUCGCGGAGAGGCCAAAAGAAGGGCAAGAAGAAUGCGGUGUCGACCGUCAAACUGCGUACCAAUGACAUUAUCACCGACUUCGGCGCCGAACCGAAAAACCGCAAGUGGGAGCAGAAGCAGGUGCAAAUCAAGACUCUGGAGGGCGAGUUCUCGGUCACCAUGUGGGCUUCCGGCACGGACGACGAUGACGUCAUGGACGAUGUGAGCAACCCAGAACCUGACCCAGACUACACCGAAUACAUGUCCGGAAAGAAAAUUCAAUCAGGUGGAAUUCCUGGUCUUGACCUCAGCGACCCCAAACAACUGGCAGAGUUUGCCAGGUACGAAAUGCCGGGGCACAAAGUGAAGCCGAAGAAAUCAACACAGGACAGCAUCGACCGAACCAUCGCCUGCCCACACAAAGGCUGCACAAAAAUGUUCAGAGACAAUUCCGCCAUGAGGAAACACCUGCACACCCACGGUCCCAGAGUUCACGUGUGCGCUGAGUGCGGAAAGGCUUUCGUCGAGAGUUCCAAACUGAAGAGACACCAACUCGUCCACACCGGAGAGAAACCCUUCCAGUGCACGUUCGAGGGCUGCGGAAAAAGGUUCUCGUUGGACUUCAACUUGAGGACACACGUGCGCAUCCACACAGGCGACCGGCCAUACGUAUGUCCCUUCGACGGGUGCAACAAGAAGUUCGCGCAAUCUACAAACCUCAAGUCACACAUUUUAACCCACGCCAAGGCCAAGUCUCGGAACAGCCUCACGCGACCAGUGGCGAUGCAAGUGCAGAAUAUAUCGCAGCCACAAUAUGUGAGUGUUGACGUCGGCGCUGACGACCCGCAGUACAUUGUGUACGCAGACUAAACAGAGUUGGAGUGGAUUGACUUGUUAGUGGCCAGCUGAGACAAAAAUUCAUACCAAAAAUGUCCACACCAGCCAUCGAGUUGCGUGUCCUCUUUUUUUUAUCAAAUCUCGGUUCACUUUGAUUCCUUGUGCGAGAAGCUGAAUGGCACCCUUGGGAUGAGUGUGAGCGAAAUUCAUCUUAAGCAGUUUAAGAUAUUCUAGAUUUUUUGUGUUCUACUAGGAGAAUAGGAUUCUUCGCUGAAUUUUUCAUCUUUCUGUACAUAGCACCUGCAAGUUCUCGUAGAAUUCACGGUUACGGAAUGGGAGCUUGAGCGAUUUUAACUUCACUGUUACUGUGGCGGUGGCCCUGCGUUAUCGUAGAGCCGCCGCGAAAUUCUAAGAGAACACACGUAAUGUACACAAGGAAGAUUGAUAAUAAUUACAAGGUGGAAAAUAAGGUUUUGUACUCGUAAUUUUCAAGUGUUUAUGCUUUUCCGCAGCCUAAACUGUGCUGCGGAUAGACUUUAUUUGGAGUAAAACGUGAACAUUUUGUAAACAAGACUGCCUAUCCCAAUUAAAUUUUCUCGCAAACUCUGGAAAAGAAUGAUCUCUUAAUUAUUAUCUCAAUCUUUCUUAAACAACCCUUUUCUUUCUCUCUUUCUUUCUUUCUUUCUCCUUUACCACUGCAUUCUUUGUUAUAAUUUGAUGACCCUUAAAAUAUCUACACACCCAAAGUACCUUUGAUGAAGCAUGUUGUGAAAUAUGACACAAAAAACUGAUGAACGAAGUUGUUUUUUAACACAGCAAAAAUUACGUAAACCGCCUUCAAGACAAACAACACUGUAACGUGCUAUAUUGCUGUAGAAAUCCUAUUUUGGCUCAGGAUUAUAUUUUAGUUUAAGAAGAAAUACUGUAUAUUUAUAAUGAAGUGACCUGGUAAUGUCAAGGGAGUGUCUGAUCAGUAAAAUUGCGAACAUAAAUGAACUAGAUUAAGCGUCAGGGGUGAAUUGAUGUGAAUGUUCAUAAUCAUAGAAUCAUCAAGUGGCAGAAAUUCAAAUAAAAAUAUUUCUCCUAUC